ACCAUUCGAUAUUGACGGCAGAGGUCGUUGUGUCGCUAUUUCGAAUCUGACAGAUUGAAUACAUUAUUCGAAUGGUUCAAUGUGAUUGUGAACAUUUACAAACAUUUUUUUUAUUUUUCGGUAAAAAUUCAUUUAAAAAAAUGGAUUAUCCACGUCCAUGUGGCUGCAAGGGUAGGCGAACUUGUUUAGCAUGCGAAAAAGAAUAUAAUUUCGAUGAGAAGUCAUUCAUCACCAAAUACAAGAAUUUAAAAUAUUACGUUUUUUGUUAUAAAUGCAUUAAAAUUUAUGCGGGUGACAAUGUAACAGCCACAAUUGGAUCACAUCCAGAGCAUGGUGCACAAAUCGGUAUCGAAUUCCCCGGAGUAUUUGUAUCACCAGAUUUUAUAUCGGCGAACGAAGAGAAUGCACUGAUGACAGGCAUUGACAGCUUGCCAUGGGACAUUUCACAGAGCGGCAGACGUAAACAAAAUUAUGGACCGAAAACGAAUUUUAAAAAAAUGAAACUGGCACACGGUACAUUCAGAGGCUUUCCAGAAUAUUCCGAAUUUGUGCAGGAACGAUUCAAAGAUGUUCCACUGUUGGCCGAUUUUCAAACAAUCGAACAAUGCUCUUUGGAAUACAAUCCAGAUAAAGGAGCAUCAAUUGAUCCACAUAUCGAUGACUGUUGGAUUUGGGGCGAACGAGUUGUCACCGUCAAUUGUCUGUCAGACUCUGUACUCACUUUAGUUAGAUAUACCGGAGAUCCGAAACGUUAUAAUUUGCCUUUAGUUGAAUCAUAUGCAUCACAAUUGAGAUCACCAUUAGCCUCGGAGGAACAAUUGAAUGGAUUCAAUGAUGUAUUAAUCAAAGUACCUAUGCCAAAUCGAUCACUCAUCGUCUUAUACGGAUCACCACGAUAUCAGUUUGAACAUUCGGUUCUGCGCACGGACAUUACAUCAAGACGUGUGUGCAUUGCGUACCGAGAAUUCACACCGAUGUACUUGAAAAACGGCGAGAGCUUCGAAAAAAGUGAACCAAUUUUCCAAACAGCCAAGUCAUUUUGGCUGGAUGAAAUAUCAGCGCAGUGAAAUACCGUUUUUUUUUUGUUAAUAAAAGAAUGAAAUCAUUAUUUAAACACAUUUCUUACAUUUUGAUCAGUUUUUUAAGAGUUUGUUCAAUGAUGUAAUUAUUUAAUGUUUUUGUGCAAUCUUAGCAUUGUUAACAAAACUGAUGUAUGUUAUAUGAUAACAUUGUUAUCCCAUGUAAAUGCAAAUUAUUUUGUUAUAAUAUUGAAUGGAAUUAAAAUCGAUAAAUUUUGUGCCCCAAA